AUGAAAGCUAUAAUAGAAAAAUAAAAUAUAGUAGAAAAAAAUUAAAUUUAAGCUAGUUCAGUUCUAAUACAAUCUGGUUUAUUUUUUUAUUUCCCCAAAAGCAUAUUUUUAAUUAAAACAACCAGCAGGUUCUAAAUAACUUUAACUAAAAUUAAAUAAAGAGAGCAACUUAAUUUUUACAAAUUUUUAUCUGUAAUAUACGAGUGA